AUGCCACCCAAGAAAAAAGGCGGCCUGAAGCAACCAACAAGUAACGCUGGUAAACCCUUCGACGAAGAUGCAAAGACUGAGCUGCUUAAGAGGAUGAAUGCCGGCUACGAUGGGGACAGGUGUCCGAGAUGCGAUGAAUUCUCUCAUGGUCAUAUGCUUCAUUGUGACGAGAAAACGAAAAAGGGUCACUGGUCAAAGGGCGACAGUAAUUUCACCAACAAGCAGGCUGUUGAGAGCAUUUGGUGCGGCUCCGGCCUUCAAGGACCGCAGCAAGAGGAAUCAGAAUGGGAUACUCCAGAAUUCCCCUGCACGCUCUCAGAUGGACGGGAACACCAAGGUGUUUAUGCCACCGUAACUUCUAGUGGCGUACUCAACGAUAUUGAAAACUUUCAUGGUGAAGCAGACAUCAACGAGUGUACCGACCAUAUUAGAGCGCUGAAUGCUCAUGUUGCACAACGCGUCCGCGAAUACAACGAUCGGAGCGAGUGGAGUGGCCAACAAAACAAGGGCAAGACAGAUAUGAUCUGCUGUACACAUGGUAUCAAUGUGAAAGUUGGAUAUGUCGGCGAGCAAGCCCAGCGUGAGACUGUGGAAAAGGUGCUCAAAAGAUGGUUUCCAGUGUGUAAAGUGAAGGACUGUACGUUCUUUCUACUGCGAGAAAAAGACUUCGACAUAUACGCCAAGAUCAAACGAGAUGGCGACUUCUCGGGAAACCACACCAUAUGCGCUGUCGCAUCAAGGAUCAAGGAUCGAAAUGAGCAAGACAAUCGAAGGUCCGGCCCACGCUGGCAGCACUUCUCCAACUUGGCCCUCAAAAUGAACAUGAAGUUGGGUGGCGACAACCACUGGCUCGAUGAAAAUGAAUUAGAGAAGGUCUUGGGUGGGAAGGAUAAGAAGCAAAAUACGAUGAUACUAGGAGCAGAUGUGAUACACCCCGGCAGUAGCUCCAAGAUUGGAGCCCCCAGCAUUGCCUGCGUUGUGGGUACGAUCGACUCCCGCUUUAUGAGCUACCGUGGCUCAAUGAGACUCCAAGCAGGUGGCCAAGAGCAAAUCGAAGAUUUCAACUUUCGUAGCAUGAUCAAGGAGCGUCUCGAGGUUUGGAAAGGACAUAACAAGAAACUACCCACGAGAAUCUUUUUCUAUCGAGAUGGUGUUUCCGAAUCCCAGUUCGUCACUAUUUCUGAACAGGAAAUCCCCCAGAUCAAGAAAGCAUACGCUGAAGCCGGCGGCGAUGACAAGAAACUCGGUGUUUGUUUCUUGGUUGUUGGCAAGUGUCAUCAUACACGUUUCUACGCCAAGAAUAAUAAAACCUCUUACCUUGUCAGUACGAAGGCUGGAAACUUUGUCAAUGGCAACCUGAAGCCUGAACUUUUAGUAGAUCACGUGGUCACAGCGCCGAAACCCAUUAACUUCUUCCUGCAAUCACAUGCCGCCAUCAAAGGCACUGCACGCUCGGCUCAUUACUAUGUGCUCGACGACGACACCCAGAUCGACGUUAACAAUCUGCAGAAGCUGACUCUAAUGCUCUGCUACACCUUUGGGCGGUCCACCACCGGUGUUUCCUAUGCAGCACCUGCGUACAUUGCUGAUCGGCUGUGCGAACGCGGAAGAUCCUACAUCCGACUCUGGGCAGAAGAUAGGUUUGCACAACCCGUAUUUGAAUACAAGAAGUAUUAUGACUCUGAAGGAACACAGAGGAAGCCUACUGAUGAGGAAAUGUCCAAGGAAAAAUGGGACAUAAUCAAGGAACUGCUGAGGUCUGGAGUCUGGGGUAAAAACUAUCGUGACAACACUGAGGAUCAAAACAGGCCGAUCAGACUUAACCCCUGGCACCCUGAUCUUGAUGAAGUUUCGUCGCAACACCUCAAGCAAACCUACCAGUGCUCUACUGUCUUAUAA